GGCACGCACGAUGCCCUCCUCGGCGAUGCGUUGCUGGCCGUCACAGAGGAUUCCCCCGUUUGUUGGGGCGUGUACUACGUGAACUUGUGGGAUGUCCAGAAGCGGACCUUGUUCAUGGGCCCUGGCCGCAGCGGGGUGGUGAUCUACGCGAACACACUCGUGCACCUCCUCGCGGUAGUCGGUCACGCUCGCGCACACCAACUCCUGAAGUUCGAAGGAGUGGACUACCUGCUACUGCUGCUCAAGUUCCUGCGCGUGCCCGCCCACGUCAACUACGUUCACUGCACCAACGGG